UCCAUCCCGGGACGCGUCCUCCGCCUCCCCGGGACGCCUGGGGUGUCCAGGGCAGCUACCUGUGCGCGUGGAGUGCCCCAACCCGCCUCCCCGCCCCCUGGGCAUCCUCCCCGGGGGCACUAGGGAACUGCUCCGGGGAGUGUGGGGCCGCGGCGGCCCCCGGAGGAAGAGCCGGAGCCGCAGCCGCAGUUCUGUCCUGGGAAGCCCCAGGCAGGAUGAGGAGCUGAAGUCGCCCGGCCAGGAGAGGGAAAGGAAGGGAAGGGAAGGAAGAGUCGGAGCGGGAGGGGCGAGCUGCCCGAAGUGGGGGAGAAGAUGCUUGCCUACGCUGUGCAGGAUGCCACAGUGGUGGAUGUGGAGAAGAGGAGAAACCCUUCCAAGCAUUAUGUCUACAUUAUUAAUGUGACUUGGUCUGAUUCCACCUCCCAGACUAUCUACCGGCGAUACAGCAAGUUCUUUGACCUUCAGAUGCAACUUCUGGAUAAGUUCCCCAUCGAAGGUGGUCAGAAGGAUCCCAAGCAAAGAAUCAUCCCCUUCCUCCCAGGUAAGAUCCUGUUCCGGAGGAGUCACAUUCGAGAUGUUGCUGUGAAGAGACUGAAGCCUAUUGAUGAAUAUUGCAGGGCACUUGUCCGCCUGCCCCCUCACAUCUCUCAGUGCGAUGAAGUCUUUCGGUUCUUCGAGGCCCGGCCGGAGGACGUCAAUCCCCCCAAAGAGGACUAUGGAAGUUCAAAGAGGAAAUCAGUAUGGCUGUCCAGCUGGACUGAGUCUCCCAAGAGGGAUCUUACAGGUGCCGACGUGAACUCGGAGCCCAUGAUCCUGGAGCAGUAUGUGGUGGUGUCCAACUAUAAGAAGCAAGAGAAUGCUGAACUCAGCCUGCAGGCCGGCGAGGUGGUGGAUGUCAUCGAGAAGAAUGAGAGCGGUUGGUGGUUUGUGAGCACAUCGGAAGAGCAAGGUUGGGUCCCAGCCACUUACCUGGAAUCCCAGAAUGGUACUCGGGAUGACUCUGAGAUCAAUACCUCCAAAGCUGGGGAAGUGUCUAAGAGACGCAAGGCCCACCUGCGGCGUCUGGAUCGUCGGUGGACACUGGGCGGGAUAGUCAACAGGCAGCAAAGUCGAGAAGAGAAGUACGUCACAGUGCAGCCAUACACCAGCCAGAGCAAAGAUGAGAUUGGGUUUGAGAAGGGGGUCACUGUGGAGGUGAUCCAGAAGAACCUAGAAGGAUGGUGGUACAUCAGGUAUUUGGGAAAAGAGGGUUGGGCACCAGCAUCAUACCUGAAAAAAGCCAAGGAUGACCUCCCCACUCGGAAGAAGAACCUGACAGGCCCUGUUGAGAUCAUCGGUAACAUCAUGGAGAUCAGCAACCUAUUGAACAAGAAGGCAUCUGUUGACAAGGAGGCCCCUGCUGACAGUGAGGCCCCUGAGGCACCUGUCACCAAGAAGGAGAUUAGCCUGCCUAUCCUCUGUAACACUGCCAAUGGCAACACAACGGGCUCUCCCGAGAAGCCGGGCUCAAAGCUGGCACAGGGAUCACCAGCCGUGGCCAGGAUCGCACCCCAGAGAGCACAGAUCAGUUCCCCAAAUCUAAGGACAAGGCCCCCACCACGCAGAGAAUCCAGUCUGGGGUUCCAGCUGCCAAAGCCACCAGAGCCCCCUUCUGUAGAGGUUGAGUACUACACCAUUGCUGAGUUCCAGUCUUGCAUUUCAGAUGGCAUCAGUUUCCGGGGUGGACAGAAGGCAGAGGUCAUUGAUAAAAACUCGGGUGGCUGGUGGUACGUGCAAAUUGGAGAGAAGGAGGGCUGGGCCCCUGCAUCAUACAUCGACAAGAGAAAAAAGCCAAACCUCAACCGGAGGACCAGUACUCUGACGCGGCCAAAGGUCCCUCCCCCCGCCCCUCCCAGCAAACCGAAGGAGGCUGAGGAGGGAUCAUCCAGCACCGCAGAAGGGCAGGACUCCCCCCUGAAGCCCAAGUACGAGGAGCCAGAAUAUGAUAUUCCUGCCUUUGGCUUUGACUCUGAGCCAGAGUUGGGAGAAGCUCCUGCAGAAGACAGCUCUGGGGAGAAGCGCUCCUACCAGCCCCGGCGAUCUUCUCCAGCAUCUUCCCUGCAGAGGGCCAAGUUUAAGGUGGGUGAAUCCACCGAGGACGUGGCCCUGGAAGAAGAGACCAUCUAUGAGAACGAGGGAUUCCAGCCAUAUGUGGAGGAGGCCAAGGAAUCCAGUGGGGAGGCUGACUCCCUUAGGGGCUCCCUGCUUUCACUCAACAAGAGAAGCUCCCCCAAAUCAUCCUUCAUCAAAUUUAAAGCAGAGAAAAAUGCUCAGCCAGAGCUGGGGAAGAACCACUCCACCGCCUCUUUCUCUUCAUCAGUGACCAUCAAUACUACCUACUCCUCCUCUUCUUCCUCUUCUUCCUCCUCCUUAUCUAAAAAUGGAGACAUGAAACCCAGGUCAGCCUCAGAUGCUGGGUUACGAAGCCCUCCCAAGGGUAGUGUGAAAGAGGUGGCUGAUCCGAAAGCCGGGCCGAACCUGUGCUCCAGAGCCAAGCCAUCGGUCCGGCCCAAACCCUUCCUGAGUAAAGGAGAAUCCCAGAGCCAAGAGAAAAUGGAUAUCAGCAGCCUCCGGCGUCAACUGAGACCCACAGGGCAGCUCCGAGGUGGACUCAAGGGUUCAAAGAGUGAAGACUCUGAAACACUUCCCCAGACAGCAUCCCAAGGAUCUGAGGAGGGGUCUAGGAGAGGUUCAGCUGACUUCAUCACUCCUCCCACCCACGCCCACCCUUCCCCCAACAAUUGGACCAAGAAAGAUCAAGAAAAGGAUGUUCAGGGCUCCUCCUAUAUCACUUCUGAUGCCUACCAGAAGGUCCAAGACUCAGAGAUCAGCUUCCCUGCUGGUGUAGAGGUGGAAGUCUUAGAAAAGCAGGAGAGUGGUUGGUGGUAUGUGAAGUUUGGAGAACUAGAGGGCUGGGCCCCUUCCCACUAUCUGGUCCUUGGAGAAAAUGAACAGUUGGAAUCUUCCACAAAGGAUCUGGACUUUACUUCUGCCAAGACCAAGAGGAAUGAAGGUAAAUCAGACAGCUUGGAGAAGAUUGAGAAGAAGGUUCAAGCUCUGAACACCGUCAACCAAAGUAAAAGAAUCACACCACCCAUCCCGUCCAAGCCACCUGGAGGCUUCUCCAAGACCUCUGGACUAAGCAAUGGGCCAGUCAAGAUGAGGAAUGGUGUGAGGCAGGUAACCGUGAGACCUCAGUCAGUGUUUGUGUCCCCACCCCCCAAGGAGAACAACCUCUCCUGUGCCCUGCGGAGAAAUGAGUCCCUCACUGCCACAGAUGGUCUCCGUGCUGUCCGCCGGAAUUCGUCCUUCAGCACUGCUCGAACAGCAGCUGGGGAUGCCAAGAGCCGGUUGGUAGAGAGGGCAGGAAGUGAGGGCUCUGACACAUCAUUGCUGUCCACCCAGCGGAAUGGGAUCCCUGUAUCCACUGUCCGGCCAAAACCCAUUGAGAAGUCUCAGUUCAUACACAAUAACCUCAAAGAUGUAUAUGUCUCCAUUGCAGACUAUGAGGGGGAUGAAGAGACUGCAGGAUUCCAAGAGGGUGUGUCCAUGGAGGUGCUGGAGAGGAAUCCAAAUGGGUGGUGGUACUGUCAGAUCCUAGACAGUAUGAAGCCCUUCAAAGGAUGGGUGCCUUCCAACUAUCUAGAAAAAAAGAACUAGCCGCGUGCAGGGAACUUCUCUGGGCUAUAAUUCUGCUUGCUUCAGUUGCCUCCUGGUAAGAGAACCAAGAUGAAACCAAAACCAAAACAAAACAAAACAAAAAAGGAAGAAAUCAUUUUAAAAUGGGGAAAUAAAACCAAGGGUGAUGGGUGACCAGAAAGCUGUUCUUCAAAUUUGUGCACCACGGCUGAAUGGAAGGGUGUUCAGGGACCCAAAUGGAGGGUGAAUGGUUCAUAGGUUUAGGAAGGAGGUGAGGAAGAGAG